AAAUACACCAAAAAAACACCGGCAACACCGAGUUCUGUCUGUAUCUGUAAAUAAAAAUUAAUUCAUGAUUUUCAUAUAUUUUUCGUUUUGUUUGCGCAGCGAUUGACAAAUUGGUUUUGAAAAUUAAAUGUGCAUUUUGUGUAGUGUAACUGUUUUAAUUACAAUAAAAUUGGAUUAUUUUAUUCAGUUUUUAAAGUAAUAAAUCUGAAUUUGCAAACGUUUCAUAAUGGCCCCCUUUGUUUGUUACCUUUUUUUAACUUUUACCUUAGACAUAGCUGUUUCUGCUUUGAAACUGUCAAUUACAAACAAUGGACCUGCUGUGCUGGGCUCCAACGUUACUUUUAGAGCAAUUGUAUCAGAUUACAACGAAGAAACUCUUAAAUAUUCAUUUUUUGAUGAUUUGCGACAUAGUGAGUCUUUUAUCGAAGCGAAAAACUCAUGUACAUGGAUAGUAGAAUAUCCACGUCAUUUGUAUAAAGCUGGACAAUAUGUUACUAAAAUUUCCCUGGAGAAGAAUUUCUUAGGUAUAUGGUGGCCAGUUUCAACAAGUAAAACUGUAUUUCAGUUAACAGAUUCGCUAAAUGGUAAAUUAGUUCUGAAUCAGAACAAUAAAGACAGGCCAAAUAGUUUUGUUGCUGUCAAUAAACCAGUGUAUCACUAUGUGAAGCUACCAGAAAAGGAAAUGAGUUUUUUGAAGCAAAACGCGUCUACGAUUAACACCUACUGGUUUAUAGAUUGUGUCUUAUAUGAUAACACAAUAGAUUUCUCAUUUAAUUACACUUACGGUGACGUGAUGAGCAGUCACCAUGUCGAGGCUAUUGUAGUGGCUAAUAAUCAACCAAUACCACCUAUUACAACUACAACUACAACCACAACGACAACAUCAACAACUACCACAACAUCAACAACAACAACCACUACCACGACACCCAAACCUCCAACGACCCAGUCUUCAACGAGCCCUAAAACUUUAAGCACGAAGACAAUUAAACAAGGAUCCACUGCAGCGACAGAACCUUCACCGGCCACUGUAAUUAAAAAUUCUACGGAAGUUCAUAAAAUUAAAAAAAGAGGUAUUUCGAACAGAACUUCAAAGAAAACGCCAGCAGUAUACAAAUGCAAUAAUACGAUUACUGUCGGUGAAAAUUACACAGUCGGGCGAUUUGAACAAAUAGUCAGUGUUAGAGAGCCUAUAACAACAGUUAAUAUUAGUGGCCGAAAUUGGCUACAGCACGGAGAUUUAUUGGAUCUUAAGGUCACGUACGCAGGAUCGCCUCCAUUCGACUAUUGUGUCCAGUACAAAGUGGGACAAUACAAUGUGACCGGAAACGAAACUUGUGCUAAGACAACAACAACACACGCGACAGAUUUCCGUUUCAUUCAUUAUUUCCCGGACAGCGACCAGCACACUGUCGUCAUCAUUAUUGAGAAUGAAAUAACGAAGAUCGUUUCUAGGGAGACUGUUACUAUCUAUCGAGCUGCGGUACCCACGCAGUUAUCUGUGAUCGUGGUGCCAGUGUUUUUCUGCCUCGUUGCGGUGAUUCUCGUAGUGUUCGGUAUUGCAUAUUAUCAACACAGAUCAAGGUACACGAUAGAAGUUGCAGAUUUCGAUUUCGGCCAGGAGAAUCCGGAAUAUAAAACGUUCAGCGAACGACUUCACGACAGCUUCAGGGACGCGUUCCACUUCGGACGUGGAGACGAAGCGGAGCCGCUCACACCGGACACUAGAUAUGAUUCCAUGACGUAAACCCUGCCGUUUCGAUGUAAGAUUGAAGAAGUGCGGUUGGCGUCUCGAGAUGAGUGCUUUAACAGAUCUUGGAAUAGACGGUUGACGAAAUCACCCGCCCCCCAACUCCCCUCCCCCUUCCCCCGAAAGAUAAGUGGAUCUCUCAAUUAUUUUCAUUGAAGAUUUAAUCAUGUUAUAUCUUGGUCGUAUCGCAAUCAAAGUAUUCUUAAAAUAAUAGAUUAAAAAGGAAUUGUUAUUAGUAUGACCCUAUAAAAUUGCUAUAAAAAUGUCCAGGUUUCUUGAACACUUAUUUUGGGGCAAUAACUGUAUCUCUACGUGUCAAGCUAAAUUCAUGAACGUUCCAUUUUUUUUACUGAUCUGUCGUUAGUUUUUCGACAGGCAAAAGGUCGGAUAUGCGUGAUUAAAAAACUUUUCGAAUUGAAGACUUCUUAUUGUAAUGGGUUUUAGUCUAUUUAAUGCAUUCGUCCAUUGGAAGCGUAAGUGUAAAGAAUUGAUAAACAAUAUAGCGUAGAGCUAAUGCUAAUUAUAACAGAAAAUGAAAUCAGACCUUAUGCUUUUGACUUCGAAAUUUCUUAAUAAUAUGUAAUAAAAUAAACUAAUUUAUCGGUUUAAUCUCGUAUUUUUUGUUUGGCAUUAUAGUAUUUUUGUGGUAGGCAGCGGCUUGGCUCUGCCCCUGGCAUUGCUGAAGUCCAUAGCCGACGGGAACCACUCACCAUCAGGUGGGCCGUAUGCUUGUCUGCCUACAAGGGCAAUAAAAAAAAUCCGGCGAAAUUAAAUUAUUAAAAGAAACGAGAGAUUAAAUCGAAAAUUGGUUUUGAUUAUGUCUAAGACGCGCGAAAAACGAACGAAAUACUUAAAAAAAUCAUCUUUGUUAACAAUGUUCAUUUUGAAUAAUGUUAAUUUCGUACGAUGUUGAAGCGUUGCACGGAGAACCGAAUAAUAAGAGAAACAGUAUGCUAUAGAAAACAUUUGCUUCUUGGUUUGUCGUUUAAUCGGAAUUGUAAAUAGCAGGAGAUUGAUAGCGCCGUUAAGGUCUGUCGUUUCAAUCGUCGAGGCUGUGAUUUAUAAAGGAAAUCAUAUUGGUAAAUGGUUUGAAUUAAUGGAAUGAUAUCAUUUUGAUUGAAUAUCAAGACUGUUUAUGUGUUACAUUACUGUUACAUCUCUACAUGAUUUUUUAAACUUUCGACAUGAGAAGCAUAAGGGGGGAUAUUUUUUUCCAAUAAUAAAAUUUUGGUCUCGAUCUCUGGGUGUGUAAAUUAAUAGGUUAGCUGUAAACUGAACUAAAAAUUAAGCAAUUAUUUUUUUAAGCCCUUGAUUCUGGUCAGCGGAUUAGACUAAAGUAAUAAACUUAUAACGUCAUAGGUCCUUGAUUUUUUUUGUCUACCUACUGCUAGCAACCUUGACGGGUUACACUAGCUUCAUUGAACUUGUAGACGACCUCACGGGGCUCAGCCUGAGAGACUGCUAACAUUUGCCCUAACAAGAGAACUGCGUCGCUGUAUCUACCACCGGAUCGGAGUCGCGACCUACCGAGAAGUUCCGACGACAUUUUUUUUGCGUUUUGAAAUCCGUUACAAAUUUAAUUACAUUAAUUAAUCUUUUGAGACCUUAGAACUUAUAUCUCAAGGUGGGUGGCGCAUUUACGUUAUAGAUGUAGUAGGGCUCCAGUAACCACUUGACAUCAGGUGGACUGCGAGCUCGUCCACCCACGUACGCAAUAAAUAAAAACUUAAAAUUACAUUAAUUGAAAUAACAUGAAAAGAUUCUGUUACGUAGAUUACAAUUGACAUGACAAACUAAUCAAUGGUCGCAGAUAUGUAAUAUAAUACAUUAAAACCAAUUACAUUUUAAAUUGUUAAAUUUGAUAAGUUUGAUGUCACGGGUCAAUGAACUUGAUCAUGAUUGAAUUAAAUCACGAACUUUAUGCUUCUAAUGCCGAUAUGAAUUUUAUGAAUUAAUCAUGUUCUUUUCUAUGUGAGGAAAUUAUAUUUUUGUACGCGAAAAAUAGUUUAUAAUAUAUGCUUUUGAUUUUGAAGUUCGAGAUCAUCAAAUGUUGGUACUUCACUAAUCAUUCAUGUAUUCGGCUUAAGUGCUUUAACGAUAUAUAGAGAAUAAUUAUCAGACUUGGCUUACCGUAUUUAAACGUGCGAUUAUAUUGAACGAAAAUUAACAUUGCAUUUGUUAAUAUAAGGUAGAUUUUGAGUUGAUUCAAUAUCGCAAAAUUAAGGUGAAUUGAAUUGCUGGCGUUUUCCUGUAAACAGUAGUGAAGUGCCAACGUUAAAAAAAGAAUAUUACACUAUAGAAUAGUCUAUUUGGCAGAAUUUAUUAAUUUAUGUCUUCUGUCAUUUGAAACCAAAUUUGAUUGAGGAGCUAAUUAAUGAAUGGCAACACAGAACCGCGUCAGUUAAGAUUAGAUUUGUUUUUCUUCUUCUUUUGAUAUCUAUUAAGGGAAUGAUCAGAAAGCUUUGUAUUUAAAUAAUAGUGUGAUGUUCAAGGAUAAAAGUAUUAAUAUUUUGAAUUAUAUAGAUUAAAAAAAAAAGAAGAUUUACCAAAUCGACAUCGUUGUUAAACUAAUAUUCCUACAGACUGAUGAAAGUUUAUGUGUAUGUGUAUUAUAGAUGUUAGUGCGUUAUUUUAUUUUGGUAUAACAUUUAUUGAUAUGCUAUGUUAUUUUAUUGUUAACAAUUACACUAUCUCGUGUUUUUAAGCAUACGAAUGAUGUGCAGUUGGGCGCGGUACAAUGAUUUUGUUUAUACAAUGGAAAAUAUUACGAGUCGACCUUAUUUGACUAGCUUUAAAUACGGUUUUGCUUUGUUGCUUUAUUUUUUUCCUUUUCAAUGUUUACACAUCAAUGAUGCCCUUUCCAAAAUUUUUCUGCACAUCCCCUAGUCAAGAUAGUGUAAUUGGUAAUUGUUUAUACCUUCGUCUACUGAUCGUGAUGAAGUCUGUACAUGAAAUAAUAUCUUAAUUUAUAGUUCAAAAUAGACUAUGUAUAUUUGAAUAUAUAACUAAUCGUAAUUUGUGAUAUGUUAGUUAUAGUGGCGGAACAGCUGAUCAUCGCGUUUAUACGUCAGAAAUGUAUUAAUAGAACGAGUUAUAACCCUAAAUAUAAUUGUGAAAUAAAUAGACGUAAAAUAGAAUUCAACCGUUUCUUUUUAAUGGAAAGCUUAUUAGAAAAUAAUAAUAAUAAUAAUAGAAACCCGUUUUUCAGAUUAAAUAAUGUAAAAUUAAUAAAAAAUAAAUUAUUAUUAUUCAAUAUUGACUAAGUACCUAAUCUGAUCGUAUUACAUUUCUGACUUGAAAGUUUGAACGCGUAUUCGUUGUAUAAAGAAGUUAAUGAAAUAAAAUGUUAUUUAACAA